AUGGAAAUAUCAAAUGUUACUGAGAAGAACAAGGAGGAAGAAAUGGAGAGCGAUGAGAGAGUUGAUGAAACUUUGGCAAAGCUUAAAAAAGUUAAAGAUCCAGUACGUGAUAUUUAUCGCUAUUGUUAUCAAGGAUUUUGGAUUCCAGCCUUUGCAUUGAAAAGUAUAAUAUCUUUUCAAACUCAAUUUGAGGCACGAGAUGAUGAUAUUUUACUAGCUUCUUGUCCAAAAUCAGGUACUACUUGGUUAAAAUCUCUUGUAUUUGCGAUUGUGAGACGUAGUAUUGAUUUCGAACUAUGCUCGAAUAAUAACAGCCUUUUUUCUACUACUAAUGUACAUGAUCUUAUACCUUUUGAGAUAAAUAGAGAAUUCACAUCAAUUAUCGAAAACAUGAAGCCAAGACUUUUGAGUACCCACACUCCUUACCCCUCGUUACCACCCUCCAUCAAGUACUCUAGUUCUAAAAUUGUAUACAUUUGUAGGAAUCCUUUGGAUGUAUUUAUUUCUUAUUGGCACUUUAAUCAUAAGUUUUUGGGGGAUAAUGUGGAACCACAUCAUUUAGAAGAGUGCUUCAAUAUGUUUUGUGAAGGAAUACAUCCAUUUGGACCAUUUUGGGACCAUAUUUUGGGAUUUUGGAAAGAAAGCUUAGAGAGUCCUCACAAAAUAUUGUUUUUGAAAUAUGAAGACCUUAAAAGAGACAAUAUAUUUUUCAUCAAAAAGAUCGCAGACUUUUUGGGAUAUCCAUUUUCAAUUGAGGAAGAAAAUCAAGGAGUUCCACAACAAAUAGUGCAAUUAUGUAGCUUUGAAAAUUUGAAAAAUUUGGAUGUAAAUAAGACUGGUAGACGUCAAAUUGGGUUCUCCAAUAGUGCAUUAUUUACGAAGGGUGAAGUUGGAGAUUGGGUGAACUAUUUAACACCCGAAAUGGCAGAGCGUGGAAAGAAGCUCAUCCAAGAAAAGCUUGGACAAUCUAAUUUAAUGUUUGAUUUCUAGCUAGCUAUGAUUUCAAUUAUUUGUAUUGUUUUUUCAUUGUCUUA